CAGAAAAAUGGCUAAAGCUAACGUCUUUAUCCUUUUAUGUCUUGAGCUAACCUUUCGAAGCUGUAACAGUGAAUUUACUCCUGUCAUCAAAACUAACAGUGGGAGUCUUCGAGGACAGACAUGCAGAAUAUUAGGUAAACCCAUUUUUAAGUAUCUAGGGGUUCCAUACGCUACGCCACCUGUCGGCAAUCUGCGAUUUGGUAAGCCUUUAGCCGUUGGUCAGUGGGAUGGUGUAUACGAAGCUACUGAACAGCCUUUACCAUGUGUUCAGAAAAUAAAAUAUUCACCUUACCCGUGGAAAACCAACCAGUCUGAAUCUAGCGAGGACUGUCUCUAUUUGAACAUCUGGACUCCAGAGUUAAUCGGUACUGGUGAGCUUAGACCCGUUCUUGUAUGGAUUUAUGGAGGAAGUUUUACCCACGGGUCUAUUGACAUUGAUUUCUAUGAUGGGUCGGUGCUGUCAGCUUAUGGCGACGUCGUGGUGGCAAGCAUGAACUACAGGGUAGGGCUAUUUGGGUUUCUUAACGCUGGUACAAAGUCUUGUCCAGGAAACAUGGGACUUCACGACCAGUUACUUGCCAUGAAGUGGAUCAAAGAAAAUAUUGAAUUUUUUGGCGGCGAUCCCAAACGAAUUACACUUUUUGGUGAAAGUGCUGGUGCAAUAUCUAUCGGCGCUCAUCUUGUGUCUCCUCUGAGUAGGGGUCUUUUUGCACGAGCUAUUCUUCAGAGUGGCAGUCUUUAUGGGCCCAUAGUGAAAGGAAGAGACGGCCUUAGUGGAAGAAGUAAGGUCAGUGAAAUUUCGAAGCACGUGGGGUGUUUAAAUGACGAAGAUGUGGACAUUGAAAAUAUGGUCAAGUGUCUGAAGACUGUUCCUGCUGAAGAGCUUCUAGGAGCCGCCAAGGAGAAACGAGGCGAUUUUGGACCAACGUUUGGUGAUGAUUACAUCCCCAUUGAUCCCAACGAGGCAUUUAAGACAGGGUCAUUUCAAAACGUAGAACUUCUUAUCGGAGCCAACAGAGAUGAGGGUUCUCAUUUCCUUCCUUCAAUGUUCCCACAGAUAUUCGAUCGCCGUAAUGACGAAACAGAUGACGUAACGAAGGGAAACGCUGCCUUAUACAUGGAGAUGAUUUUUCGGAACUUCCCGGACAUUGAAAGUGAGCUCGUUGCCCAGUUUUACUUACAGAAUAUCUCAGUAGAUGACCACGUAAUUGUAUUCAUUUUAAUCUUUUUAUGA